GAGCAAAUUUUAUUUUUAACACAACAUUUUCACAAACUCUAGCAGUGCGGCAAGAUGAGUCACAACUGUCAUGAUCACUGUAAUCAACAUCAUGAUCACGAUCAUCAUCCAGGAGCAAAAGGUUAUUACUGGCGAGAUUAUACCGGCGAAAUACCUGAAGAUGCAUUCCCCGGUGGACUCGAUAUAAACCAAAAACCUACUUACAUUGGUCAAGCAUAUUUAAAAGGCGUUGGCUUGAUCCCGACAAGUCUUUACCCUGGUCAACCUAGUAUGAAAUUGGCCUGUGAUUGGAAAGCCAAUUAUUCCAACAUCGGCAUGAAAAUACUUUGUAGUUCAAACCCCAAUUCCCUUUCUUGGAUGAACACCACUGCUGCGGAUCUACCUCUGGCCACAAUUGGCAAAAAAUUAGUCAUUGGAGGUUUCCAACAUAAUGACAAGCUCAACGUAGGACGAGUGAUGCACGGGGGAGAAGUAGUGGCGGGAAAAGUGGCCGGGGGUAUGCCAGGAAACACCGGACUGUACUAUGUUGGUAGUGAGAAGGAAAAUUGUGUUGCUUCGUAUGAAAUUUUAAUUCAGAAUUAAUUAAUUUGUAUUUUAUUGUUAUAUAUUAAACCUCUAAAAAUAUUACAUAGGGUAAAACAGGGACACAUGACGCGGCGGGUUAGAUGACGCACCGUUUAAAUUUCGCGCCAGGUAACUUUAAUAUGUGAAACAAUGCACUGCAUAUGAUAGCGUGAUUAUUACUUCAACGGUGUUCACGUUAAAUCAGCAAUAUUACAAGUGAUCAAAAUGCCUACAAUGUACGGUCCCCGGAAAAGCAGUAGGGGCCAAUGGUCAGAAGAACAGCUAAGAGCUGCUGUGGAAGCUGUUCGAAAUCAAAACUGGUCAAUUAGACAAGCCGCUAAAGACCAUAAUAUUCCUGAAAAAACACUACGCACUCGGCUGAAAACCGGAAAUUUGAAAAAAGGAUCUUUGGGAGGUGCGUCCUUCUUGGGAGAAGAGGCAGAGAAGAAACUGGUAGCCCAUAUUCGAACUUUGCAAUCAGCGGGAUUUGCACCAUCUAGAAAAACCCUUCGUCAACUUGCUUAUAAUUUGGCAAAGUCGAUGGGACUACAAGGUCGUUUUAACAAUACCAAAAAAAUUGCCGGAAAUGAUUGGCUGAAAUUAUUUAUGCGAAGAAAUCCUACUCUAAGUAUCCGACAAUCAGAAGGCGUCUCCUUAGCUCGAGCUGAAGGUAUGAACAAAGAAGAAGUGCAACAAUACUUUCAGUUACUUACAAAGACACUCACUGAUCAUGACUUACUUAGUAAACCUUUAUCCAUAUUUAAUAUGGAUGAGACUGGAUUACACCUCAAUAAUGAACCUGGAAAAGUAGUUGCAAUUAAAGGUAGUAAAGUUGUUCAAAGUAUUAAAUCAACCGAAAGGGGAGAAACCAUAACGCUAGUAGCAUGUUGCAAUGCGGAGGGUAAUUUUUUACCACCUUAUUGCAUCUUCAAAGGAGUCAAUAAGCAACUUGCCUGGGAAGAAGCCAUGCCACCAGGGUCUGUAAUAAAAAUGCGAAGAGAAUCCGCUUACAUCAACGAAGAAUUGUUUAUGGAUUGGCUUACAAAUCAUUUUAUACCUCGAAAACCCCCAGGAAAAUGUAUUCUAAUUUUAGAUGGACAUGGUUCGCACAUGAAUUCGUAUGAAAUGCUGGAGACAGCAGUUGAAAAUGAUGUAAUUCUUUUGUGUUUACCUAGCCACACAACUCAUUACCUUCAACCCCUAGACCGGUCCUUUUUUAAAUCACUGAAGGCUUUUUUUAAAAAUCAAUGCGACGAAUUUGUCAGAGCAAAUCCACAAACAAAAAUUCACCGUCGUCAUUUUGGAAUGCUCCUUAGCAGCGCUUGGGCUAAUGCCGCUACGAGUAAAAAUGGAACUUCAGGAUUUGCUGCUACAGGAAUAUUUCCGUUGAAGCCUUCUGUUAUUCCCGAAUACGCGUUUUUAGUUGCUGAUCCUACUCAGCGUGUACCUUCCGAAGAUAAUGAAAGAUUGAGUGAGGCUCAAGUUUGCCCCGAAGAACCUGUUGUGACCAAUCUUGCAGUUCCUGGAACGUCAAGCAGUUCUGAUUGGACGCCUACAAAAAUUUUGUGUGAAAUUUCUCCUGUUCCAACCAUUUCUGUUCCCACUAAACGUCCAAGAAGAAAACAGUCUGCCCAGAACUUGACGGAAUUAUCUUACAUGGAAGAAAGAAAAGAAAAACGCCUGAAAAAAGAGGAAUCUGUCAAAAAGAAAAAAGAAAAGCAACAGAAAAUGAGUCAAAGUUCUAAAACUGUUAAAACAGUGAAAAAACGAAUAUUUUGUCAAGAAAGUUCUUCAGAUGAGGCAGAUGAUUUUAUUGUUAAUGAUACCACAGAUGACGAAGACCUGGAUGAAAAUGAGUGUGUCGAAUGUCUUGACAGAUACGAAACGACGUCUUCGAAUUCUGAUUGGAUACGUUGCAACAGAUGUAUGAGAUGGCUGCAUGAAACAUGCAGCAAUUACGAAAAUACAUGCAUGAGAUGUGGCUGCAUGGAACAAAAGAAACAAAAAUAGAAUUCCUUUCACCUAUCUAGAGACUAUACCAAAUAUUUACAAAUAAAAAAUGUUAUGUUGUUACAAGGCAUCUCUCCCAUAGCUGCUGCGUCAACUAACCCAUAUGGUGCGGGAGAGAUGGCAAAAAACACUUUCUUUGUUUUUAUUUUAUUAAAGAAAUAUUUUAUAUUUUUUUACUUAAUCGACAUGUUAUUCAUAAAAUAUAAGCUUUUCUCUAUA